AUGAAUGGGGUCAAUAGAGCUCGCCCAAUUCGAAUUGGCAAUGUUUCUGGCGCCACGGGGGAUCACCCCAAGGCGAUGUCUCGUAUGGCACGAGAUGGAGAUGUAGAUGUUAUCGUUGGUGACUGGCUGUCAGAAAUGAAUAUCGCUUGGAACGCCAUUACCAAGAGUCAGAACCCUGAUCUAGGUUACGAGGUAGGGUUUCUGAACCAGCUCGCCGACAGUCUCGACAUGGUCGUUGCCAAAGGCAUUAAGGUAGUAACCAAUGCAGGAGCAUUGAACACCGCGGGGCUAGCGCGAAAAGUGGAAGAACUAUGCCACGAGAGAGGUCACAAAGAUGUUCUUAUUGCUUCGGUCCUCGGCGAUGAUAUCUCAGAGAUGAUCCAGAACAGAGCCACCGCGUUAGAGUGCUUGCAUCAUCUUGACCAUGAAGAAUGGAAGCUAGCAGAUUGGCCAUUGAAUCCCCUAUGCGGUGUUGCCUAUAUUGGGGCAUGGGGGAUUGUUGAAGCACUCAAUGCAGGUGCUAGUAUCGUCAUCUGCGGCCGCGUCACAGACGCCUCACCCGUUAUUGGAUCUGCAGCUUGGUGGUACAGUUGGCAAAAGAACGAUUGGAAUCGGCUUGCUGGGGCAUUGGUUGCGGGGCAUCUCAUCGAAUGCGGCCCUUACGUGACAGGAGCCAAUUUCUCCGGUUUCAAGUCGAACUUGUUGGAUUUAAUUGAUCUUUCCUUUCCAAUCGCUGAAAUAAAAGGAGACGGUACCUGCAUCAUUACAAAAUGUGAUGCCUAUGCCGGUGCAGUAACAAGAGAUAAUACCAUUGCACAGCUGCUGUAUGAGUUGCAAGGAGAGCUAUACUUGAACCCAGAUGUAGUCGCUGAUCUCCAUAACAUCUGCAUCGAGCAAAUUGGAAAAGAUCGAGUUGAAGUGCGAGGGAUAGCUGGUCUGCCUCCACCGCCGACAACCAAAGCCAUGAUUGCUGCCCCCGGAGGUUACCAAGCAGAGACAACGUUCUACCUGAACGGCCUUGACAUUGACGAGAAGGCUUCCAUGCUGAAAAAUCAAUUGACUCAUAUGCUCAAGGAUCACAACUUCAGCAAGUUUUCAGUCGACCUAUACGGAGCCGCGGCAGCAAACCCUCGGAGUCAAAAAUCGGCCACCGUGUCUCUGCGAGUGUUUGCCCAAGCACGGGAAAAAGAGGAUCUUGGUGCAGAAAAGUUUCGGGUCCCGAUCUAUGCACUGCGUAUGCAGAGCUACCCAGGGUAUCAUAUGAAUCUUGAUUUUCGAACCAUGGACCCCAAGCCUUUUAUGGAAAUAUUCCCAGUCGUAAUUCCUCUGGAUUUAAUACACCACCGCGUCGUCCUCACUAGUGGACAUAGAAUCAUUGAAGCGCCAUCCCCGCCGGAAACCAGCAUAUAUCCCACCAAACGGCCUUCCUACGAGACCAAGUCGCCCAUCUCACUGUCGACAUUUGGACCAGUAGCACGGGCUCCCCUAGGAAGUAUUGUGCACGCCCGUUCCGGUGACAAGGCGGACAACUCCAAUGUGGGCUUUUUCGUCCGACGUGAGGAUGAAUACCCGUGGCUGCAGACAUUCCUCACUGUUUCCCGCUUGAAGGAGCUAUUUGCCGACGACUGGCCAGAGAAGAAUGAGCCGCCAGUGGAGAGGUGUGAAUUUCCACAUAUAUUGGCAGUGCAUUUCCGAGUUUUGGACUUUCUCGACGGUGGUAUUGCGAGUUCAAGCCGCAUUGACGGGUUGGGGAAGGGGGUUGCCGAGUAUCUACGGAGCCGUGAGGUCGAUGUUCCGGUCAAGUUUUUGGCUAGGGGUUGGAUCUGA